AUGGCCUGUACAAUUCAUUGUCCGAAAGGAAUAAGGGGACGCCGAGACAGGCCUGGUCCUCCAGGCAAGCUUGGUCAGCCAGGGCCUCAGGGAAAUCGUGGCAGGCCUGGUCCCUCAGGCAAGCAUGGUCCGCCUGGGCCCCAGGGACCACAGGGACCUAAAGGUUCUCAGGGAGAUCAGGGGCCUCCUGGACCUAGGGGCGAUCAGGGCCCUCAAGGACCCAAGGGUGAUCCUGGUGAAUCCAUCUCAGCUCCUUCUAUUGUGACAUCCCCAGUUUCCACGGUGGUAAACGAAACUGAUGUAGCUUCUCUGCGGUGUGAGGUUAAAGGAAAUCCUGUUCCUCAAAUUACAUGGCUUAAAGAAAAUACCAGUCUUCCAGCCGACAAACGAAUUGUACAGUCUCGUGGAGGUUUAAUGAUUAAGGAUGUGACGUCACAAGAUGGUGGCUUGUACACGUGCGUAGCAAGCAACAUUGUUGGAUUAAUAAAAAAAUCGGCCACGUUAACUGUUCAAGGUAACAUGCUCCUCCUUUGUAACUUAUUGUAAAAUUCAUGGAUUAGAAGCUAUUAAUGAGCAAUCAAAUUCCAUUACAUGAUAUACUUUCACUUUAAAAUUACGCGUAUUAAUAGUCAACGAUGUCUGUUAAAUUCCCCGUGAACAAUUAUUAAUAUCCCACUGUCCAUAGGCUACUAAUGAUGAUGAGUCUCGUCAAAAAUGCCUGUUUUUAGCGAAUAAAGCGGUAAUUGGGCUACAAAUACAACUUCGACUAUAGUGUCCUAUAUACCUAAUUAUAUAAGGGGGAUUCUACGCAAGACGAUUUGCAACGAUCACGGAUUUUUAAGGCAACAAUAUUGGAGCAAUUCGAAGAAAUUUUCCCGCGAUUUUGCAAAGUUGUAUUGCACUGUAAAUUGUCGUUGUGAAUCGUCCCGUGUAAAAUUGCUCAGGAGAAAAUAAUGCGACCGAAACUGUUAUCGGUAGAUUCUAGUAGGUUCGGCUCUGAUCAAGAGAACUCGGAGACCUUUUCCCACAACCCUCUGUUUUAAGAGUGGCUGUCUGAAAGGAUCGAGAAUCGGCGGUCAGCGACCCAUUUGGCGAAUCCCUGAUAUUUUGCCCAAAGUUAGCCUUGGGUAGACUAUUUUCAAAAAUCAUAUUCAAAAGUUCCAACGAUUUUGUUUAUUUGGGAAAUUUGGGAAAAGUUAAAAGUGCGUUCAAAAUGCGGUCAAAGUGCGGUUUUUUGGUUGAUCAAAAAGUGCGAUGAUGAACCUCCGCCGAAGUCUUAAAAUGAAAUCAGUUGACCUCAAAAUUAAAAGAAUUUCAAAGCAAUCAAUCUUCUACACUACCAAUGUUUUAAUCUUUUCAAAUAUGAUACUACAAUGGUUUUUCAGGCCAUUUGGAAAACAUCUUCGGAGACCGCUUUCGAUGGCGGCAAAAUGUGGCUAAUAUUCAUCAGGAUAAAAAUGUUCCUGGUAUGUCAGUUUUUAACAAUUUUCAUUGUUAAAAACUGACAUGCUUAAAAGCAUUGCAGAGCUAAAAUAUAGGUCUUAAAGAUUUAUCGAGUAAAGUUUCAAGGUCGAACUCGGAACGCUUCCCUUCGCAGGAAUCGGAAGUCUGAGCAACUAUCAACGUGCAAAAUGGCGCUGGAUUUAUAACAAACAUCUAACAUUAUAGUUACAAUCACUUGAGUUAAAAUAUCAAACUAAAUUUACCUUUGACAAUUUUAAGUUUGCCGCUUAUAGAAAUAUCCAAGAGCUCAUAGGAGACACAUCCAGUGCUUUGAACAGUUUGAUGUAGAUAGUCCGCUUUGGUUAUCGCAAGGUAAUGUAAACAAACGUGAUAAAUCAGUUAAACCACCCGCCUUUGUGUCAAACUAUCCAUCCAGGACGUUUUCCUAGACAUUUAUCGUUCUGCAAGGUUUCUUGAAUGAAAUAGUAAUUGUGAGACUUUAAGAAAAACAAAGGUAGUUUGCUGGAAAGACCGUUGAAAUUUUGGAAAUAUUUAGUUAUUACCGCGACAAUAAUAAUAACCGGCAAAGUGCCACUAUAGGUGGUAUUUAAUGAUACAGGCAGAAACAACGUAGCGGAAAGCCAUUUUCCACUACAGGAAGAGUUUGAAUCCACGUUAGUUUUCACAAAUUCAAACGGUUUUUGUUUUUAGUAUCUGAAACACGUGAAGCUACAUGUGUUAAGAAAUCGAAACACACGGCAUUCUGUCAGAAUAAACCGUGUGCUGAUAUUCGAGUCCAGUAAAUGUGACGCAAUCUCAGUUACCCUCUCCCUUCCACCUAGACUACGAGUAGUCCCCCAUUUUUCCUCAGAGAUGGUAGAGCGUGCGAAACGCGAGCGCGCUUGAAAAUCACCCCACGCGAGAAAAGGCGACACGCGGCGGGAAGGGAGAAAAAUGAGGGACUACAGACGAAGCCCAAGCUUUUGACCCUUCACGGCCGACUGAUUUUGGAGUGUGAAGUUCGUAUCCCCUUCCAAAUCAAUUAAGUACAUCCAAUGGGAUUCCUUCCCUUAUUGAGCUGUCAUUGCUCUUGUCAUUGGUAAACUGCGGGGGAUAUUUAUUGCAAGCAAAAAAAAAACCCAGAUACUAAUUUUCUUCACGGCUGUUUCGCGAGAAGAACUGGAUAGUGUAGGCGACACACGACUUUAACUCAUGCCAAAAUGCUGCUUGUUCCAAUGAAUUUUUUUUCUCUGACGGGUAGAUUAUGCUCUGGAGGAAAACGUUUUGACUGAGCAAAUGCGAUUUUUGCCGCUUAUUUCAUACUGAGAGGUCGUAUCACGCAUAUUAAUUUUCUGUGGUUAUUGUUUAUGGUCGGCAUGAUUUGCCCUCUGAGGCAAGAGCAUUUUCUUUGACCUCUUUUGAAAAGUAAAGUUCUUCAAUGCGGAAAAAUAAGGAUUUUGGGUUGUUUAAUUUCUCCGGCGAUUGCCUCCUGGAUAUGAAUAAUUUUAAGCGAUUUUCUUUUUGGCCGUGGAUGUGACGGUUUCCUGCAAUGUUUUGUCACGCUGGGCCCAGCUCGUUAGCGUUUUUAGCAAGACGGAUAUAGUGAUAUCCAAAUCUCGAAAAAUGGAUUGCAGCUUAAACUAAAACUACAUUAACUAUGGAGAAUUGCGAUAUGACUUAGUCAUGACUGCUCAUGAAUUUUAACUGCCGCUUGUUUUUCUGGAGAUAAUGUGAAUCUGGAGCGUUGCCGGGUUGGCUUUCUGCUUAGUUGCUUCUACAAGAGCAAGUCUAGUUAAUUGUUCUGUUCUGUUAUUUGUUCUGCUCUAGUUAUUUGUUCUGUAAAUUGUGAUUAUGUCGAGUGUUGAUAGCGGCUGGCGCGUUUUUGACAGAUGUUGAGAGAUUUCCAUGGAAGAGCCAAUCAGAGUUUUGUGUUGUGAGAGCAACGCAUUAGUUCGCGUGUCGGCUUUUCUCGCGUGGGGUGAUUUUCACGCGCGCUCGCGUUUCGCACGCUCUACUAUCCCUGAGGAAAAAUGGGGGACUACUCGUAGUCUACCUUCCACCCAGCGUUGCCUAGAAACUUAAACGAGUUAAUUUUGCUCAAAUUAGUAUUUUUUAAAACGAAGUAUGAUUUGAGGCUCCGGUAGGAAUAAUAAUAUUUAAAAUACAACAGCAACAACAAUAACUUCCCACCCGCGGGAUAAACUUUUCGACCUGUUGUCAAGAUGGGGGUGGGGAAGGAGUACGUUUAGAAGUAAAAAUUUUUCGCAGGGUAUUUUUCAAAGUAAGAUCAUUGUUUGAGGUCUUGCUAAACGCAGUUAUAAAAUGAAUUUCAUUGCUACAUCCCGGUAGGGGAGCUUUCUUUGAUACUGUUUUUUUUUGUUUUGUCAUUGACUCUCAGACUUGGGGAGGAAGGGGUAGUCCCUUACUUCUUGUCGAGGAGGCUCUGAUCGCAAGAUUCUCAUUACGCUGAGUGGCUUUAGUUCAACCCCAAAACAGUUCCCUUCAUUUUCAUAGUUUAAAAAACCUAAAAGGUACUGCUACAGCUGCGGUUGUUUUAGAAUUUUAAACCCUAAAAGGUACCAACCUAAGAGAGAGAACCUGGGAACGGGGUUGUAAAAGGUACAACUAGAACAUCGCCAUUUUUAUGAGGGAGUACCCGUUCUCCCCGUUUUCAACCCAUUUUAUCAAACUGAUUGUCGCUAAAACACUUCUAGGAAGCUAUUAAUAAAAGAGUUACUUUCGGCAUGUGCACUUUUUGGUUAUUUCCUCUAAGAGUGUCAAGUAUGGAGCCUUCUUGCGGACAGGCGGGACAGGUGCAUCAGGCCGAGAUCCUCGCACAAGUGCUGAAGCAUCGGUAGCUUGAGGACUUUCAAGUUACCACUGAGCGCCAUCUCACACAGGUUGUACUGAUCGUAUACCAGAGGAUGGUUGAGCUGAAUGGUUUCAACGACCUCCUUCGCUGCACUAAAGUUAGCUUCCUCUUGAGAUGCCCGGAUAUCGGCUUCAUCUGGUGGGUCCUUUUGCUGUAGUGUAGCGCUUUGCCUCGAGAAGAAGGACGCAACCUGCAAGCUGGUUAGGAAUUCUGAGGACUGGAAAAGUCGCACACCAUCUACUCCACGGGCGCGUCGCAUUUCCCUCGCCACAANGCUGAAGCAUCGGUAGCUUGAGGACUUUCAAGUUACCACUGAGCGCCAUCUCACACAGGUUGUACUGAUCGUAUACCAGAGGAUGGUUGAGCUGAAUGGUUUCAACGACCUCCUUCGCUGCACUAAAGUUAGCUUCCUCUUGAGAUGCCCGGAUAUCGGCUUCAUCUGGUGGGUCCUUUUGCUGUAGUGUAGCGCUUUGCCUCGAGAAGAAGGACGCAACCUGCAAGCUGGUUAGGAAUUCUGAGGACUGGAAAAGUCGCACACCAUCUACUCCACGGGCGCGUCGCAUUUCCCUCGCCACAACCUCGGCGUCAAGCUUGCGGCCGGUUGUUUGACCGAUAGAGAAUUUCGCCAGUAAGUAAGUCAAAGACUUUUGCUUUUCGCUGAAUCUAUACGCCUUCUUUGCUGCUCUGAGGGCCCAUCCCUCAUUUGGUACAAAGUGACCCUCCUGGUGAGCACCUGGGGCUUUAAGAGAGGGCAAUAUGCCAACACCUUCUUCCAAAUGGGUCUUGUAUCCCAUUUUCGCGAAAUCAAUUAAAGAAUAUUUCGCCGCGGAUCGGGAACAUUUUUCUACAGACAGAUGUUUCUCUAAAACAGACACUCUUUGGAACACACGAACGCAGCCGUCUUGAGGACAGGAAUAAACCCCUGUGGACAGGUCACUGUCUUCCGAAACGCCACCAGAUUGCUCGGCCACAGUUGCUGAUGUUGAAGCUCUCUGUCCAACCUGUUUUUCAGAUUUACAUCGAAAGGAAGUUAAAAUCUCCUUCGGAGAAUGAUUUCUGAAGUACUUGGUAUCGAUGGGUAAGCAAAUUAAUACCAAUAAAGAUUUUUUUUCUGAUUUCUUUUUCAAAUCAAUUAUUAGUGUUUAAAGCAAACACGACAGAAAUAAACGUAAUGUUCCCAAUACAUGGGUAUUCAUAGCUCGGUUAGUAGAGCACUGCCGCGCUAACGUGGAGGUUAUGGGUUUGCCCGUUUAAGCCACCCAAAAAAUUGAACAAAAUGGUAAUUCCUUAAAUUGCUCUUACAACUGCGACAAUCACUUCUUCAUUUAACAGAACCAAGAAUAUUGUGUGGGACUCCGAAGGUAUCUGAUACAUGUACUUGCAGAUAAUUAUUGUAUGGUAAGGAUCUCCAAUAAAGUAAGGGUCUUACACUUUUGAAUUGCAUUAAUUUUAAUAUAGAACUUCAAUUUAGCGGCAACUCAUACAUUAAUUCUGAAUAGCUCACUUUUAGUUUUAAUUCUCAUACUUACUUGAUGAAGAUCCUGGAUCAGAUGAUUUUUCCUCGACCAACACAAUACGCACGCCAACAGGUAACAGAUUCUGUAGAGCUAAACUCAAAAUUGUUCCGUUUUGUAAUGCCAGUAAUAGUUUGCCCACUGUCAGGUGUUUCGAUGAUGGAAUCAAGGGAAGCAACUCUUACACCUUUCAAUCCACCAUGCGAUAAUAAUUCGUCUUUAAGCUCAUCGGCAGUGCAAGCAUCAUUGCCUUCAUCAAUAAAGGCCCUGAUAUGUCUUUUACAACUUGCAGCCAGCCGGUCUGCUGCCCCUUUUCCGCCUUGAGGAUCGCUAAAUCUACGCGGGGUGGGCACUUUUUCGAGGCUGGGCGCUUAUUAACUUUUCUGCCUUUAGGAUGGGCGCUUAAUCGAGCUGGGCGCUUAUUCGAAAAAUACAGUAUUAUUAUUUUUAAUUAAGCCUUACCUUGAAAUCACUUUUAAGGUAUAAUUUUGAACCCUUAAGCAAUUCCACGUACUGCAACUCCCACUCUUUCCCGAGGCCGAGCUCUCCAAGUCGGCGGACUAAAUUCUCUAAGUCUUCAAAUGAACGCGCACCGUCUGCGGCGACGUAGUCAAGUCCUGGGAGAGAUUUUCGGACAGAGGCCUUGCAUUCCUCCAAUACACGAAGCAUAGUGCCGUCAGUGAAUGGUUGAAAGCCAGUUUCGUGGCAGUACUGAUCGUAUUGACAUACUAUUCUUUGGGAUAUCAUCGUCCUUAUGACGUUUAGUAUCUCAACCAGCUGGCCAGAAGAGAGUUUCAACGUUUUCUGCCCAAAUGGUAGAUCGUGCACCAAAUGCGGGCUUGUUAUGUACGAUAAAAAAUGGUCAAGUUGCUUCAGAUCAACCUCUAUCCUCGGCGAAAGUUGGUGCAUUGCGGGAGCCCCGCUACCAUACUGUAAGCGAUGCAGGUUGGCCAAGCUAUAGCGUAUCUAGUUAAGCCUGGUAUAAAUCUUGAAAUAUCAUUGAAGCCGGCAACGCCAGACAUGCAUGAUAGACAAGAUCUGCCUUCUUGUCUCCCACCCUUGAGCUUUUCCAUAUGCCUCUGGUAAGGCCUGAAGAUAAUUCUUGGACGUUUGUGAUAAUUCAUCGAGUUUAAGAGCUUUGUUCAUGGCAGGGGACGAGAAGACCGCUUGCAAAAGAGAACCUGCAUAGUUAGGUGUAAGAUCUUGUAGGACUGAAGAAAAGAUCUCCACUGUCCUAGUGGUGUAUUCCUUCUUAGUGCUCUCUCCAGCUUUAUCCCAUUCCAUCCAGGGCUGAGUUAUUCGCGGGAUGUUUUUCGAAACCAGAUAUUCGUUCAACUUUUUGCGAGGUUCUUGCAUAGUGGUUGGGGCCUCGUCACUCGUGGAAGAAACAAGACUUCCAGUAUCCGGACUGAGGAACGUCUCAUCAUCCCGCCCUCUUGACGAUAUCUCCAGCCUCUUCAGUUCAGUUGCAAGGUCAUCAGACGAUAACUCACUGCUAGUUGUUUAUGCACUUGAACGGCCUGUUUCCCCCUCUACCUAAAACAGUUCAAACAAAUAUAUUGUGUAAUGACUAUAUAAAGCAUGAUAAAACGUUUAUUUUGUUUUACUUUAUUCAUAAGCCAACACCCACACAAACCCGUUAAAAAAGAAAGAAAGAAAGAAAGAAAUGAAAAGAAAUCUCCUAAAGUAAAAAAGGAUUAAAAAGGAAAUGAAAGAAUGAAUGAAUGAUGAAUGCUUUUUUGAAAGUAAAACAUUUCAUACCAUCGUUAAAGUAGCCACUUAAACAAACCAUUUACACUGAUGUUUCUUAUUUCUACUUACCAACAAAUGGGGCUUGGGUAACUCUUGCAGGUGCGAGACCCCGGGGACGGGCUCCACCCCACCUGAAGCAAACACUAGAGUUUGGUUGGGCAUUGCCUGUUUGCUGAUAUACUCGUUGCAUUGUUUACAAGUUGCUUUAAAUAGAAAAACAAAAGCAAAACAAAAAGAACAGACGAACAGAAAUUAAUUUCAAUAUACUGACUGUAAAAACAAAUGCAUUUAAAACAUACAUAGAAAGAAGACAACUUCCUGCCCGCAAGACCAAUAAUUUUGAAUGAGGACCGCAAGGUGUGCUAGGAUUACCCGCACCCCCGGGAAAAAAAUACUCCUGCGUAAUACAAACAAGGGGCACGUGAUAAUUAGCGCCUUCCCCUCUCCUUGCAUGCUCUCUCCUCUCUUGUCACUGUCUCGUGGAAAUUUCUCACUGUUUCUUUAAUAGAGUGCUAGCAAACUCCUCGCCUUGUGUGCCACCUUAUAUGUGAUUCUUAACCGUAAAAAAGUCACCAUUAUCCAACCAACCUUCGCAGAAAAGUCUGCAACUUACGUGAUCCAACUGGAAUAAGUGUGUUCGUGUUUUUGAAAAUAAACGCCCACUUCAAGCUAUCCACUCGGUGGCUGCCUUUAGCAAGUUGUAGAUUUAUGUACCGCUAAUUCUUUGGGUACUGUACACAUGGUCUUCCCCGUCCUCCAGCGGAUGCCGUAAUCAGCCCUGUGCCUGGGACAAAUGCUCAAGACACAUUGAUGUUCUUCCACUGAGAAAACCCCUGGAAGGAGAAUGAUGUGUUAAUACAAAGAGAAUAACCACCCUCAAGUGCAUGAUGAUAAAAAGGAAAAACGUAUAAUAAUAAUAACAAUAAUAAUAAUGUAAAUGAUAAAAAGACAAAAAUAUUAUAUUUUAGGGUGGUAUUUACCUGCUCUGGCUAACAGCAACUUUAUUUCAGAUCCUAAAACUCUCAUCUGCGCUGAGGUUUAAGGUCUUUAAAUGGCCAGUUACAUCUUUUGUACAGUCUUUGAGCGCAAUACAUUCCAGCUGACCACGAUAAUCUGCGGACUGACCGCAAGGUGUGCCCUGGGAAGGGGUGGCCUUACCUAGAAGCGCUUUGUAGCUACAGUGAGCCAUUCAAGAAACGACGAGACUGAGUUAAACAAGGAUAUAUGACCAACGCUCCGCCAACGCUGCAUUUUCAACCUGUUGCGAAAUGUUUUUGCACAAUAGCGACGGGUGUGCUCGUGCGCACGGUUGCGUGACUUUCUGGUAAAUUUCCUGUGUUCCAAGCAUGCACGCAUUUCGAAGCGCUACAAAUGCAUCUGAAUAUGAAAUUUAAAGUCUCUGAUUUGUUUUUACAGAAAGUUUGCAAUGGUGGACACAAAAUGGAGAAAAGGAUAAGGUAAACGUAAAUUUCGUUUUCGGUUUCAUGGUGUCAGUGCCAAUUUUACAAUAGCGCCGAAUUAGUGUUUGUUUGUUUGGGUUCGGAUUACUUUGUUUCCUCCUUUUCGCCUCUGUGCAAUUCAACGAUAAGUCGUGAGUUAAUAGUAUUAAAAAUAUUUGGAGCACUAUACCGCUCGCAUCCUGAGCGCUUGAGACAUCGAUACAAGGUUGCAUUUACAGGAUACGGCGCUUUAGGAAGAUCAGGUAACUGAAGUAAAAAUUCCAGGCAGUACUGAGAUAUGCGGGGUUAGUGAUUCUUUUCAACCGAUCUUUAUUUUGAAAUUGUUUAGGUCUGAGAGGCCGAAUGUUUGGGCGCUUAUUCGAAAAAUACAGUAUUAUUAUUUUUAAUUAAGCCUUACCUUGAAAUCACUUUUAAGGUAUAAUUUUGAACCCUUAAGCAAUUCCACGUACUGCAACUCCCACUCUUUCCCGAGGCCGAGCUCUCCAAGUCGGCGGACUAAAUUCUCUAAGUCUUCAAAUGAACGCGCACCGUCUGCGGCGACGUAGUCAAGUCCUGGGAGAGAUUUUCGGACAGAGGCCUUGCAUUCCUCCAAUACACGAAGCAUAGUGCGCUCACUGAAUGGUUGAAAGCCAGUUUCGUGGCAGUACUGAUCGUAUUGACAUACUAUUCUUUGGGAUAUCAUCGUCCUUAUGACGUUUAGUAUCUCAACCAGCUGGCCAGAAGAGAGUUUCAACGUUUUCUGCCCAAAUGGUAGAUCGUGCACCAAAUGCGGGCUUGUUAUGUACGAUAAAAAAUGGUCAAGUUGCUUCAGAUCAACCUCUAUCCUCGGCGAAAGUUGGUGCAUUGCGGGAGCCCCGCUACCAUACUGUAAGCGAUGCAGGUUGGCCAAGCUAUAGCGUAUCUAGUUAAGCCUGGUAUAAAUCUUGAAAUAUCAUUGAAGCCGGCAACGCCAGACAUGCAUGAUAGACAAGAUCUGCCUUCUUGUCUCCCACCCUUGAGCUUUUCCAUAUGCCUCUGGUAAGGCCUGAAGAUAAUUCUUGGACGUUUGUGAUAAUUCAUCGAGUUUAAGAGCUUUGUUCAUGGCAGGGGACGAGAAGACCGCUUGCAAAAGAGAACCUGCAUAGUUAGGUGUAAGAUCUUGUAGGACUGAAGAAAAGAUCUCCACUGUCCUAGUGGUGUAUUCCUUCUUAGUGCUCUCUCCAGCUUUAUCCCAUUCCAUCCAGGGCUGAGUUAUUCGCGGGAUGUUUUUCGAAACCAGAUAUUCGUUCAACUUUUUGCGAGGUUCUUGCAUAGUGGUUGGGGCCUCGUCACUCGUGGAAGAAACAAGACUUCCAGUAUCCGGACUGAGGAACGUCUCAUCAUCCCGCCCUCUUGACGAUAUCUCCAGCCUCUUCAGUUCAGUUGCAAGGUCAUCAGACGAUAACUCACUGCUAGUUGUUUAUGCACUUGAACGGCCUGUUUCCCCCUCUACCUAAAACAGUUCAAACAAAUAUAUUGUGUAAUGACUAUAUAAAGCAUGAUAAAACGUUUAUUUUGUUUUACUUUAUUCAUAAGCCAACACCCACACAAACCCGUUAAAAAAGAAAGAAAGAAAGAAAGAAAUGAAAAGAAAUCUCCUAAAGUAAAAAAGGAUUAAAAAGGAAAUGAAAGAAUGAAUGAAUGAUGAAUGCUUUUUUGAAAGUAAAACAUUUCAUACCAUCGUUAAAGUAGCCACUUAAACAAACCAUUUACACUGAUGUUUCUUAUUUCUACUUACCAACAAAUGGGGCUUGGGUAACUCUUGCAGGUGCGAGACCCCGGGGACGGGCUCCACCCCACCUGAAGCAAACACUAGAGUUUGGUUGGGCAUUGCCUGUUUGCUGAUAUACUCGUUGCAUUGUUUACAAGUUGCUUUAAAUAGAAAAACAAAAGCAAAACAAAAAGAACAGACGAACAGAAAUUAAUUUCAAUAUACUGACUGUAAAAACAAAUGCAUUUAAAACAUACAUAGAAAGAAGACAACUUCCUGCCCGCAAGACCAAUAAUUUUGAAUGAGGACCGCAAGGUGUGCUAGGAUUACCCGCACCCCCGGGAAAAAAAUACUCCUGCGUAAUACAAACAAGGGGCACGUGAUAAUUAGCGCCUUCCCCUCUCCUUGCAUGCUCUCUCCUCUCUUGUCACUGUCUCGUGGAAAUUUCUCACUGUUUCUUUAAUAGAGUGCUAGCAAACUCCUCGCCUUGUGUGCCACCUUAUAUGUGAUUCUUAACCGUAAAAAAGUCACCAUUAUCCAACCAACCUUCGCAGAAAAGUCUGCAACUUACGUGAUCCAACUGGAAUAAGUGUGUUCGUGUUUUUGAAAAUAAACGCCCACUUCAAGCUAUCCACUCGGUGGCUGCCUUUAGCAAGUUGUAGAUUUAUGUACCGCUAAUUCUUUGGGUACUGUACACAUGGUCUUCCCCGUCCUCCAGCGGAUGCCGUAAUCAGCCCUGUGCCUGGGACAAAUGCUCAAGACACAUUGAUGUUCUUCCACUGAGAAAACCCCUGGAAGGAGAAUGAUGUGUUAAUACAAAGAGAAUAACCACCCUCAAGUGCAUGAUGAUAAAAGGAAAAACGUAUAAUAAUAAUAACAAUAAUAAUAAUGUAAAUGAUAAAAAGACAAAAAUAUUAUAUUUUAGGGUGGUAUUUACCUGCUCUGGCUAACAGCAACUUUAUUUCAGAUCCUAAAACUCUCAUCUGCGCUGAGGUUUAAGGUCUUUAAAUGGCCAGUUACAUCUUUUGUACAGUCUUUGAGCGCAAUACAUUCCAGCUGACCACGAUAAUCUGCGGACUGACCGCAAGGUGUGCCCUGGGAAGGGGUGGCCUUACCUAGAAGCGCUUUGUAGCUACAGUGAGCCAUUCAAGAAACGACGAGACUGAGUUAAACAAGGAUAUAUGACCAACGCUCCGCCAACGCUGCAUUUUCAACCUGUUGCGAAAUGUUUUUGCACAAUAGCGACGGGUGUGCUCGUGCGCACGGUUGCGUGACUUUCUGGUAAAUUUCCUGUGUUCCAAGCAUGCACGCAUUUCGAAGCGCUACAAAUGCAUCUGAAUAUGAAAUUUAAAGUCUCUGAUUUGUUUUUACAGAAAGUUUGCAAUGGUGGACACAAAAUGGAGAAAAGGAUAAGGUAAACGUAAAUUUCGUUUUCGGUUUCAUGGUGUCAGUGCCAAUUUUACAAUAGCGCCGAAUUAGUGUUUGUUUGUUUGGGUUCGGAUUACUUUGUUUCCUCCUUUUCGCCUCUGUGCAAUUCAACGAUAAGUCGUGAGUUAAUAGUAUUAAAAAUAUUUGGAGCACUAUACCGCUCGCAUCCUGAGCGCUUGAGACAUCGAUACAAGGUUGCAUUUACAGGAUACGGCGCUUUAGGAAGAUCAGGUAACUGAAGUAAAAAUUCCAGGCAGUACUGAGAUAUGCGGGGUUAGUGAUUCUUUUCAACCGAUCUUUAUUUUGAAAUUGUUUAGGUCUGAGAGGCCGAAUGUGUUUAUUGCGUUUAACCUAAUCUAAAACGACUUGUGAAUUUCAAACGAGAGAAGAUAUGGAAAGUGUCCUUCUGAUCGAGUAACGGGACGAGAAUGUUUCAGAUGUUUGUUGACAAGCGCUGAUACUUCUUUGUAGUGAAUUAACUGACUUGUCUCAUGGGAAGCUUACUGAGUUCGACCUUGAAACUUUACUUAGUAAAUCUUUAAGACCUAUAUUUUAGCUCUGCAAUGCUCAAACUUAAAGUUGUCAAAGGUAAAUUUAGUUUGAUAUUUUAACUCAAGUGAUUGUAACUAUAAUGUUAGAUGUUUGUUAUAAAUCCAGCGCCAUUUGCACGUUGAUAUUGCUCAGACUUCCGAUUCCUUCGAAGGGAAGCGUUCCGAGUUCGACCUUGAAACUUUAUUUGGUAACUCUUUAAGACCUAUAUAUUAGCUCUGCAAUGCUUAAUUGUUAAAAACUGACAUACCAGGAACAUUUUUAUCCUAAUGAAUAUUAGCUACAUUUUGCCGCCAUCAAAAGCGGUCUCCGAAGAUGUUUUCUAAAUGGCCUGAAAAACCAUUGUAGUAUCAUAUUUGAAAAGAUUAAAACAUUGAUAGUGUAGAAGAUUGAUUGCUUUGAAAUUCUUUUUAUUUUGAGGUCAACUGAUUUCGUUUUAAGACUUCGGCGGAGGUUCAUCAUCGCACUUUUUGAUCAACCAAAAAACCGCACUUUGACCGCAUUUUGACCGUACUUUUAAUUUUUCUCAAAUUUCACAAAUAAACAAAAUCGUUGGAACUUUUGAAUAUGAUUUUUGAAAAUAGUCUACCCAAGGCUAACUUUGGGCAAAAUAUCAGGGAUUCGCCAAAUGGGUCGCUGACCGCCGUUUCUCGAUUCUUACAGACAGCCACUCUUAAUUUACUUGUAACUUGUUUUUAUUUUCUUGGCUUAUUAUAUUUCUUCAUUACUUUACAGUUGCUGCCUUAAUCAAUCAAAAACCCUCGUCUAUUGUUGCUGAAGUAGGGGAAAACGUGAGGUUGCAGUGUAAAGCUACAGGUCUUCCAAUACCAACGAUCACGUGGCGGAGAGCGUUUAGUUCCUUGCCAAGAGGGAAGACUGCAGUGGAUGAUGGGAAAUUGACAAUUCGUAACAUAGCUAAAGCUGAUAGCGGGGAUUACGCAUGCUCAGCAAAGAAUUUUCUCGGACAGGACUUCGCUGUUGCUCAAGUGAUGGUCUUUGAAAGGCUCGCAUUCAUACUUACUCCUCCCCUGAAAGUUACUGUAACACAGUCAAGCAACUUACUGUUAGACUGUUCAGCUCAAGGAAACACUGAGAUCACAUGGAAGAGAACUGGUAAAAUUUUACCUCGAAAUCAUGUUGUUCAUCCCAAUGGAACUUUGCUUCUCAGGAGAGUGGUUACAAACGAUGCCGGAACAUAUACUUGCGUGGCCAAGAACGCACUUCGUUCUGUUGAGGCAACUUCUGUUGUUGAAGUGUAA